AAUAAGUUUGGGAGGAAGGAAUCUGUUUGAAAUAGCUUUGUGCUGCCUUGUGAAGUGAGAUCCACUUAUUGCUGGAGGGUUUGACUCGGAAUUUCAGAAACCCCGUGCUUGGUUUGCAAGACUAGCUGAGAGCACACAAAGUUAGGACUCUCCAACUUUUGUACACAGAAGAUAAAGUGCCUCUGGCUUUCUAAGGCAGAAGAGAAUCAGAGAAAAAUAUCAAGCUGCAGAACAACCCAGCUCAAACAAGAGCUUGAAGCAGGUGCUAGUACCUGAACACUCUGCUUUAAACUUCCAUUGAAUUCAAAGGCACAAUCAAGGCACCUUUCUGUUCUGCCUCAAAGAGAUGGUCAGCAGUCAGCCUCUCCCCAUAGCAGACAGUGGGAAAAGGAAAAAGAAGAAAAGAACUAGACCCACAGACCAUGUCCCUGGGAAGUUUGAAGACUUGUACAAGCUGACUGCUGAGCUUCUUGGUGAGGGCGCAUAUGCCAAAGUUCAGGGUGCUGUCAGCCUCCAAACUGGGAAAGAAUACGCAGUGAAAAUCAUUGAAAAAAACGCUGAGCAUAGUCGGAGUCGGGUGUUCCGUGAAAUAGAGACCCUCUACCAGUGUCAGGGUAACAAGAACAUUUUGGAAUUAAUAGAAUUUUUUGAAGAUGACACAAGAUACUACCUUGUCUUUGAGAAGCUGCGAGGAGGUUCAAUCCUGGCCCAUAUACAAAAGCAGAAGCACUUUAAUGAACGAGAAGCUAGCAAAGUGGUGAGAGAUAUUGCCUCUGCUCUGGAUUUUCUUCAUACAAAAGGUAUUGCUCACAGGGACCUGAAGCCUGAAAACAUCCUGUGUGAAUCUCCAGAAAAGAUAUCACCAGUGAAAAUAUGUGACUUUGAUCUUGGCAGUGGGGUGAAGUUGAACAGUGCUUGUACCCCAAUAACUACUCCUGAAUUAACAACACCGUGUGGGUCUGCAGAAUACAUGGCACCCGAAGUGGUUGAAGUCUUCACGGAAGAGGCCACGUUCUAUGACAAGCGCUGCGAUCUUUGGAGCCUGGGGGUGAUUCUCUACAUCAUGCUGAGUGGUUACCCCCCUUUUGUGGGCAACUGUGGCACAGACUGUGGCUGGGACAGAGGAGAAGUCUGCAGAAUUUGCCAGAACAAGCUUUUUGAGAGCAUUCAGAAAGGCAAAUAUGAGUUUCCUGACAAGGACUGGUCACAUAUAUCCUCAGAGGCCAAAGAUCUCAUCUCAAAGUUGCUGGUUCGUGAUGCCAAAGAACGACUUAGUGCUGCUCAAGUUUUGCAACAUGCCUGGGUUCAAGGACAUGCUCCUGAAAGGGGAUUGCCUACUCCUCAAGUUCUUCAGAGGAACAGUAGCACAAAAGACCUGACACUCUUUGCUGCUGAGGCUAUAGCCCUUAACCGCCAAUUGUCUCAGCAUGAGAACGAGCUCAGCGCAGAGCAGGAGAGCGUUGCCCAUGCUGUGUGCUCCAUGAAGCUUUCUCCUCCGUCCAAGUCCCGCCUUGCCAAGCGCAGAGCAAUGACGCAUGCCACCAAAGCCAGUGACUUCCAGCCAGUUCCCCACAAAGCCUUUUAAACUUCCUUCUUGCUGUGGAUUGGCAAGGUCGCUCCUGUGUUCCUCUUUGGAUUUGCAGUGCUGGUAGAAGCUUCUUUGAUUCUGACACUUCAACUAGAAACUUGCUCUUGUGAUGUGACUUGCAAAUUUAGGGGAACAGCUUUUUAUGGGAAUGGGUUUUUUUUUCUGUCUGCCAGAUUUGGUGCAUUAAGAUAAUUUGAGCUUUUUAAACUGGAGAAGAUGAGUUUGCUGCUUUAUCUCAGGAGAUAAAUAACUAAGCUUUCCUUAUUUUAUUCUUAGAAGAGCAUGCUUUAAGAUGCAAACUUGAAAACAUCAGCAAAAGCCACUUUCCUGCUUUGUCUAGCAGAGCAUCAAGUCUCUCCCUGUCUGUAGCUUCUCCUUAAUGGCACAUCUUGCAUGGUGCUGCUGUUAGUGUCAGCAGCAGAGACUGUUUUCAACCAACAGCAACCUUCUCUCUUACUGUAGACUCAGGAAAUAGAGAUCCAUCCAGUCAUCUUCAUCUCAGUUUCCUUCAUUGGGCUUAAAUUGUGUGAGGAUGAUAUAAAGGUGCAGGGAUUGCUCAGGCUUGUAGGGAUGAGAAGGGACAGGGUUGCUUGUGUUUUAACCUGUUGAUAGUUUGUGUGUCGGUGUGUGGGAGUAUUAUUUCUUUAACUGGCAUCUUUUUGUUCAUAUGGAGCAGGUUUUAGUUAAGAUCUCUCUUUUUAUAUAUUAAAAAAACUUGGAGUUCUUUUAACUCUGUCCAGUAUGUCCUUUUCUCUGACAGUUACAUUCUUAAGUCUGAUAACCACCAUAUUAACCAGACUGUUAACCAGAUACAAAAUAUAAACAGUUAUAUUUCCUUUUCUGUUACAAUGCUAUCCUCAGUUAUACCUUCCUUUCUGCAGACUUGUGUUUUUCCAGGUCCUUUUGGUGUGUUACCUGGAGUCCUUAAUGUGAAUGGACAGCCUUCAGGGAGUUUUGUCAUGUGAAUAAUGUAGGAUUAUCAGAUGCAGAGCUACAUCAUAUGAAAAUGGUGCUGCAGCUGCUGUAUUCUGCCUCUGACAGUGAUCUUGGGCUGGGUGUCUAGAUUUUUACUUCCAGUUCUUUGGUGCACCUGGGGUCAGGAGUAACUUGUAAGGGCAAGCUGAAGAUUGAGUGACCAAGGUGAGAUGUCCGUGGAGAAGGACAUGGAUGUUGAGCACUUUCUGAAACGUAAGCUGUGAAAAUUGGGCUGCUAAGAUGCCUGCUGUGACGCACCUUAAACUUGCCAUUCAUUUCUGAGACUCUUUGCCAGGGCAUUGUGUGCCGGGUGGAGGAGACCCUCAAGCACCAGCACAAACCCUUCCUAAGCUGAAUGAGAAACAAUGAAGUAGGAGCUGGAACAGUCACCUGGAAGUUGAAGGGUCUUUGCAUAGCCUAUUCAGAGUGGUUUUACAGUUACCUUUCAGCAGUGUGCAUACAGCUAUUUUUAUACAAGUCUGUAUUUUGUGACUAAUUAAAGUUGUUAUUUAAAAGACUUUUUUUAUACAGUGUGCCAGUAGACAAAUAUGAAAUGUAUUUUGCUUGGUUAUUAAAAUGCUUUAAGUCAUGGAUUUAACACA